GCGUUGCUAUUUAGUCAUCCGACUACCAACAUGAACGGAGCGUGAGGAUCCCUCCCUUCUAAGUGUCUCAAAAUUCUUUGGAUUUUUCUUAUCCAAUCAGUCUUUAGUAUCAUCCCAGGCGUGUCAGUGAUGUCUCAAUCUCUUCAAAGUCUCCAUAUAAUGAGAAAAAAUCCACAUUCCGCUUGGCUGGCUCAAUCUGCUUUUGAGAAUCGAGCAUCCUGCCGCUACCCAUUGAAGUCAAGAAGGGACGUCUGACGAGACCCCCAUCUCACCAGGUGCUGCUAAGUGAUACACAUCCCUUCCACCGGACCCCGCUUGACCACCCCGGUGGUGUUGACCUUCGUCCGGUUCGACGAAGACAGGAUUCGUUCAUGAGUGGUAUGGACAGCGAUUUACUUACCGAUGCGGACUCGAAGCAACUCGACUUACUAAAAGAUGAAGAGUUCAUGUGUAUGAGCCCAGAGGAUGUAGCUUUAGCACUUAACGCCAAUGUCCAUCCUGCCAAAAACAAUGGCCUGGGCUUGGGCGUUGGAGACCUAACUGGAUCUGUGAUAUCGGCCGUAGACGAAUUCCCUAGCUUAGAUUCGUCUUGGGAUCAAGAUGUACUCUUAUCCAACGCUGUUCUGCCGGAGACCAACCCCUUACUGGAGUUGGAUAAUUCUAUUGAAGAAGAUUUCCAGCAAGUUCUCAACGAGUGGGAGAGUCACAUCGGUGCUCUACAGUCGACCAACUCUGAAAUGAGCGUGGACGAAGAAUCUGUUGUCCAAAAUGCCACCACGAACCCUUCUUCGCAAAAUGUUUCGGAGCCAAUGGUGACUGAUGGAGAUUCGUUUUUUGAGAGCAUGGAAAUCAAGGCUUCCUUGGCCGGCUCGGGGUGUAAUCUCAAUACGAAAUCGAUCUACGACCAACCUCUUCUCUCCACGUCGACCAUUGCCCCUUCUACACCUUCAAUGGGCUCGUACUCUCCUCGCUCAAGCUGCUCUUCUUACCCCAGCCUGGCCACUCCCCCGCCAGUGAUACCGGUGCCCGAGGUGCCUCCCACGGAGAUCGAGCGGCCUGAUUCUCCCACGCCUACCAAGUUGCGGUCCAGACUCGUCAGCACUGAUGACAAUGGCACCACCAAGGAGCCUCGACUCACCCUGGGAAAAAAGACACUGGCGGGUAUAGUGAUCAGCAGCGGACCGGGCGGUCAUUUUGAGACCUAUGAAGGUACGGCUGGAAGCCCCAGCGUGGUGUCAAGCCCAUUUACCUCUACCAGUUCGCCAAUUGGUUGUCUCAGACCUCAAUCUGCCCAAAUGACGGCAACGACCGACCAUAAUUUUGUUAGGCCAAAGGGACGGAGUCUACUCCGCUCCAAACAGCCCUCUACUCUGACUUCUGCUAAUAUGACUACCACUUCUUGUAUUACCACCUCUUCCACCUUAUUGCAUGCUGCAUCCACCACCCCAUUUCAUAACGUUACUGAAACCGCAAGAACAUCAGCAAAUGUUGACUGUCAGCCCCCUACCACAGAUUGGCCGGAUCUUAGUUUGUCCGCAAUGUUUUUACGGCCAUCACCACGGUUAGAAAGCUCAGAGAGCGAGAGGCACGUGGUGAAUGCUAACAAAAUGGCAGGCAAGAUAUCGGCCAAUCCCAAUGACUCAAGUGUGGUACGUCGCGAUUCUUUAGGAUCCAAUCUGAGCACUGCCUCGUCACUAGUAGUUAGUGAUCAUCGGACAAACAAUGCCUCUGAUGCCGUGGACGGAGAACUCGAAGUUCUGGAGGCUUCGGAUGUGGACAAUUUGCUUGAUCAAUUUGAAGCGGUGGAAAAUAUUCGGAAAGAUCUGACCAAUAACAGUAACGCUGAUCCUGAACGGGCCUCUCAUAUAGUGGCAGCGGUGAAAAGCCAUUUCUCUGGCUCUAAUCGAAAUUUCCCCAAAGGAAAAGUACCCAAAAUCGUUGCCAGUCAGCGGAUCAAGGAUGCCCUCCCGAGAGAAAUUGUGGACAAAAUCAAGGCCUCCUCUCAACGUUCCAAAACAAUCGCCAUAAUUGAACCGGUUCAAAAGAGCAAGGACUUGAGUACUGUCGCCUCCUCCGUCUCUGGUUCAUCAUGCGAAUCGCCGUCCUUCAAUACCAACUUAAAUUCGAGUCAUCGGGUAGUGGCUGGACCUCCCGGUAAAGGGGGUAUGGCUUCGAGGUUCCAAGAGGCUGCAGCCUCCAUGAACCGAAGCAAAUAUCGACACUUUGGUAUCAAUGGUGGCAUCCAACCCACUCCCCAGCAAGUUCAAGUGAGCCUGGAUCACGACUAUUGCUCUUCAAACAAGUCGAGAAGAAACAACCGUGUGCCCAGUCAGCAGCAGCAACAAACAUCGCCUCAUCGGUUGGCUACCUACAGUACUGGAGAGACGAGGCAUCGGGUAAUCAUCUCCUCCGGCUCGGGCCUGACUCAAGUCGGUCCAUCAGGAUCGAUCAUGCCGUUGCAGCAGAAUAACCGGGCCGUCAUACGGGUAUCCAGAGCACCCGUGCUCAAGCGAGCCAAGGAACUUACCUCCCAUCUGGUGGCGCUGUCCAAGCCCUCGGGAACAUAUUCUCCUAUUCAGAUCUCCUCUCCCAUUACAAUAAGCCCGGCCAGUAUCCAUAGUAGCCACUCGCCGUUAUCUUCGUCGUUGUCGACCUCGACCUCGUUGUCUAGUCCGAUCACUUUGGCAUCCUGCUCGUCUCCCAAGGUCCCGCUGAAGGUCGAGCCUCCAUCGCCAACCUCGAAUCAUGAACUAGACCUUCAUGACGACUCAUCCGCCCCAAGUCCAAGAACUUCCCAACGAAGGGACUCUGAUCCCAAAAAAGACAGUGGCCUCGAGUCUGGAGAUGUGUCAGAUGCCAGUAAUAUUGAAGAUGAGCAUCUCUACUCUCGACUGCCUGCCUAUUUGACCACUCUACCCGCGAAGGAAGGUAUGGAUGAGCUCCAGUUGACAGAUGUGGGACCAUCCGAUAUUAAGCUUGAGAAAGAGGACAUGACGCUCUACGAUCGUUUACCCACUUAUGUUACCGGGCUAUCUCGAACGAAUUCCACAGAAACUUGUAUGAAAAUGGAAGACUGUAUCGAGAUGAAGCCAGAUCCCAUGAUGUUGGAUGCUGGGUCCGCCACGUCCUUUGGCCCCUCCUCCGCCUCUUGUGUGGAAGGAGGAGGGGCCAUAAAAGAAGCAGACCUUCUUCCGGGAGGAGUGAUUUGUGAUAAUGGGAUCUCCAAUUUGUUCAAACCUCGUCGUAGUUUACGCUCACGCCAAAGCAGUAGAAGUUGUAGUCGGAGCUCCAGUCGGAGCAGCAGCACCAGCAGUUUUACGGCCAACGGCAAUUCUGACUCGGAGACUAAUCUCCCAGACGUAACCGGGGGUCCCUUACUGGGCGUGCCAACCGCCCAAAAGCCAUUUCAUGUCGUCACUCGAUCCUCAACUGCUGCCAAGCGUUGUUCCCGGAAGCCACCAAGUACCAUGUCCCCUUCCAAGGCCCUGUCUUCAUUCUCUUCCAAUUCAAGGUCUGCGAGUUUGAAACGCCGUCGAGAUCGGUCCACAUCCUCAACUUCGUCGAAUUCAUCCCGCUUCCGAAGCCGGAGUCCGCUUGAGACGCCUUCGUUGUUACAUGAACCCCAUUCGGCGAGAAGGUCCUCCAAACGCAAUCGUAAUCAUCCUCGAUCGCUGACUACUCAGAAUCCCAAAGGUGCUGUCAUCAAGGAUAUGGAACAAUACCGUCGCGAAGAGAAGAAGAAACAAGUCGAGGAGCGGCGGGUGGUCUAUGUGGGAAAGAUUUGCGAAAGUACCUCACGAGCCUCACUCCGAUCGAGAUUUGAAGUGUUUGGACCUAUAGAAGAGAUCUCCGUACAUUUCAGAGAUCGGGGGGACAACUACGGCUUCGUCACAUUUAAGAACAAAUUGGAUGCGUAUGAGGCGGUGGAACAUGGCAACGAUGAUCCCAAUCAGUCCAAAGUGGAUCUCUGCUUUGGGGGACGGCGAUCAUUCUGCAAAACUAAGUAUUCAGAUCUAGACUCUUUGAACGAGAACGAAGGGGAUGGUCACAGUCAGCAGGCUUUGGACUUUGACUCCCUUUUACGCCAAGCCAAGGCCAGUUAUCGGAAAUGAUGAUCGAGAAGAAUUGAUGGUAGUAACUACGAAAAAACAGUGAUCUUGAAGUGCUCUCACGACGUUUUUGUCGUUCUCCAACAAACUGAUCUCAAAAGUGGAAGAAGAAACAGAAGAAAAUUGUGUAGUGAUUAGUGAAAAGAAAAAUCGAAACAGAAAAAAGCGCGUCGAGAAAAAAAUCCAGUCAAAAAGUCUGCUACCAUUAUGAGCUAUUAUAAGCUAAAAAGAAGAUUAUAUAUAUAUAAAAUGA